UGCUCUGCACCUUUCAGAUGCUCAAUUGAUUGGCGUCCAGAGCUUAAGCGGCAACGUCUACGGCUUUUAUUGACACUAAACUCGACCCAGCUACAUUUACUUUGUAGAUCGCUUGCUGAUGUCCCCCUCCACCCUCCCCUUCCACGAAUCUCGUCAGAUUUUUUUUUUGUUUUUGUUUUUUCGCUCCACGCAGUGACAGGGGGAUUUUGUCGACGCUAUCCGGUUCAUGACAUUUUACCAUGAAAAGGCGACGUACGUCUUUCAGGAGCUCUUAAUCAUUAUGUGUGCGUUUUUUUUUUUCUUUUAAGACUCCACCGUCAAUUGAGUGUGUUUCUUUUAUUGUAAUCUUAAGGGACAACGUCGGUACCUUGACCGUCUUGGGUAAAACGCACCUGCCGCGGAAUAUAGGCACUCGUGGAAGCACAAUGUAAUGGUCACCGUGGAUUUGAAGCCGGACAACUCGAAGUGAAAUUUACGUCUGAAAGGCGAUGGCACGAGCCCAGUUGUUGCGGUGCAUGCGUGAAGUGUUAAGCGUGGUGACAGCCGGGUGCCCCUCCUCUCCCGGGACUUGAAUAAAAAGACGCUCCCCGUUCCGGUCUCACUUUCACAAGCUUUCACCCCCCCCCCCCCACCUCUCUCGAGAUGGAGCUGUGACAUGUUGACACAUCUCCUCAUCUGCUUCCCUUCUCCUUUUACUCCAACGUGGGACAUCUGCUCUGCAAGCGUAUGGCUUCAUCAAACUGUCCUCCGCUCCGUGACAUUUCCACACAGAUGAUCCUGCAAUAAUCGGCGAAGGCUUGAGCCACCGCGGGGGGAUUUGUGUAGAUUAUCGCCAGACUGCUAUUUUAUUUCGAGGGUCACACUCCUCUUAACCAGCUGCCUUUUCCCCGCUGGCCCACGCGAGCUCGUGGAGCUUCGCAACAUGAGAGCCACAGGCGUGGUUACAGCCCCGCGUGAUCCCAUGUAGCGCUGUCACCGCGCGGUGGAAGGAGUCAAUGAGACCACCACUCCACGCUAUUGUUCCCACGAUGAAGCCAAGUGCGGCGCGCGGAGUGUAGAGCCACCUUGGAGCUCGUCCACGCUCUCCUCCGGAUCCGUUGUGACUCUCUCGGGCCGCCACCCGGAGGAUGUUGGAGUCAGGAUGCUGCGCUUCCCCGUGAAGAAGAUCCGGAAGCAGUUUAAGCUGCUGCUGCUCCUGGUGCUGCUGACCUCGGCCGUGUGGUUCACCUACCUGCACAUACACCAGGGCAAGACCAUCAAACUCCACUUUAACUACGGAAAAGAUGGAGAGAGACAGACAGAUGGCUCGGACACCAGCCGCAAGAGGGACACUCGCUCCUCAACGAGCCACCACAAGAAUGAAGACACCAGCGACAGUCGGGAAGAUGAAGUGGCGGAUGACGAGACGAUUACCGGAGUUUCCAACAGCAGAGGCCACGCCCACAUCCGCAAGUUUCUUUCUGAACACAAUAAGAAAUUGCCAUGGAAACCAGAGUACAAGGGCCAAGCCAACCUUCAUGUGUUCGAGGACUGGUGUGGCUCCUCUAUAGCCCAACUUAGAAAGAACCUGCACUUCCCCCUCUACCCUCAUACAAGAACGACUUUGAAGAAGCUGGCCGUGGCUCCAAAGUGGAAGAAUUAUGGCCUGAGAAUCUUUGGAUUUCUUCACCCUUACCGCGAUGGGGAUUUCCAGUUUUCAGUAUCAUCGGAUGAUAAUUCAGAAUUUUGGCUGAGUUCUGAUGAAAGUCCUUUCAACGCCAGGCUGCUGGUCUACGUAGGACAGCUGGGUACAGAGUGGACUGCUCCAGGCGAGUUCAGCAAGUUCAGGUCCCAGUCCUCAAAAUCUGUGCACCUGAUGUCAUCCAGACGCUACUACUUUGAGAUUCUGCACAAGCAGGAUGAGAAGGGCUCAGAUCACGUGGAGGUUGGGUGGCGUCCAUUCCUCCCUGGUCUGAAGUAUGAAGUGAUAGACUCUGCUUACAUCUCAUUGUACGCAGAUGAGUCCAGCCUCAAGAUGAACAGUGUGAGUCACAUCCCUCAGACAUUAGCCAGUCAUGUUCGCCUACCAGAACCUUUACCCCCCCGAAGCGUGGAAGAAGGUGGCACCCCGCAGCAUGGAGCAGAUAUGCUGAAGCCUGACCCGAGGGACACAUUCUAUAGCACUCCCAUGAUUGACCCCUCCCGUCUGGAAAACGUUCUGCCUGCUUGUCUUUACUCUCCCACCUAUGUCGUCAAAGAUUUCCCCAUUGCGAGAUACCAGGGCCUACAGUUUGUUUAUCUAUCAUUCGUCUACCCAAAUGACUUCACCCGGCUCACACACAUGGAGCGAGAGAACAAGUGUUUCUACAGAGAGUCACCCAUCUACUUGGAAAAGUUUGGCUUCUACAAGUACAUGAAGAUGGAUGAGGAGGAAGACGACAGACCAUUCUUUUUUCCCAACUCCGAUGAUUUCCUAGAGGAAGAUGAAAUGGUGGAUAUGGAAGAUGAGGCAGAGAUUGUAGGCACACAGUCACCCAAGAAACCUCUUCACCUCAGCCAUGCCUCCAAACCUUCCCAUCAGCACCUUAAAGCUGGACCUACUUUUGCCGGUAAAAAAGAAAAGGAUGAAGAGGAGGAUCCUGAUGAGAGGGAAGAUGGUGCAGUCAAUAUUAUUGUAAACCGCAGAGAAAGGAGACACUUUGCCUACAGGGAUGAUGAGAUGGAGAGGGACAGAAACUGGAAAAGAACUCACACAAGGACUAAUGGGAGUCAUGAUACUAGAGAGGGGGUGUCAGAACUCCAAUCCAGGAUGCGUCACCCUGACGCAGAUAACGUGAUUCUGGGUCGCUCGCUAUCCUGGAGCCGUAACAGUCGUGCAGGGCUCGGCCCGAAUAGUGAAGGAGGAGGAGAGAAGGAGGCUGAAGGACCACCUAAAUUGACGAGAUCUUUAUUCUUUCCCAAAAAGUCCUCCAUCCCUGCUGUUUCUAGUCGUGCCAAGCAGAUUCAGAGCAACUCUGCCCACGGCGACACUGUCCAUAACAAUAACAUUAAGCUUGCUGGAAGCAAGAAAGAGAAGAAUGAGGAGAAUAAGAUCUACAUCACCAGGCCUCGGCCAAAUAGGGAACGAGAAAAGGAGCGGGAGUGGCGUCGAGAGAAGAGGGAGGAAAGGGCAUCUCGCCACCCUAGAGAGGUAUUCCCUGGAGUCUUUCUGUACCAAACUGGGAAGACUACAAGACUGGUCAAAGUUGGAGACAAAGGGCAUGUUGGAGGGGUUAAGAGCAGAGGAAGGAGUCCAGUAAGUGCUCCUCAAUUGUGGCCAAACCCACCCACAAUAGGUGCUAAGGCAUUUUUUCACAAUCAAAGCAUCAACAUUCCCAAUGCAAGUGUUCAAAAGUCUCCCAGCAAGGAAACAGCUCCAACACAACCAGAUGAGCGACACAGCAAAGGGGACAACCUCACUUUGAAGAUGGCUGCCACUGGCGGCUCUCCCAUCAAAUCACACCAACUAACCUCAAGGUCUCAUCAGCAUGACACCGCCCAGCAUUCUCCUCACUGGCUGAACUCCACUGAAAACUUCCAAGGUCAAUUGCGAGUUACAUCUUACCUCAGGACCACUGAGAUCACAGAGUCACAGCCAGACCCCAACCUAGCAGAAAUGGAGCAGGACACAAACAACUCUAAUCCCGACCCAGAGGCAGAACCAGAGGAAGGUGAGCUUUCCGACUACAGCUACGAGGAGGUGGAGGCGCGGCCAGGAUGGACAGAGGAGAAUAUCAACUGGCAGAGGACCUUCUCAGUGAACCCAAUGGACUUUGAGCUUCUGCGCUCCGACUGGAAUGACCUGCGGUGCAACGUGUCUGGUAACCUCCAGCUGGCAGAGAGUGAGGUGGUAGAUGUUCUGGCUCAGUAUAUGGAGAAGCUCAACGAACGCAACGGCGGGAUGUAUACUCUGCUCCGGAUCAUCAAUGUUGAGAAGCGGCGAGACUCUGCCAGAGGGAAUCGCUACCUUGUGGAACUGGAGCUGAUGGAGAGGGGCCGCAGUGUGGUGCGACUGUCCGAAUACAUUUAUCUGAUGCUCCACCGGGGCAGGCAAGUAAACGAAAGCCUUGAGAACACAGAGACUGCCCCAGCCUCCGCCCCAAACUCAGGCCCCUCUGCUGCCACGUCCAACCUCAGCACUGCUCCGCACCUCCCCUCCACCAAAUCUCCCUCACGGCCUGGAGCCACAGCCUGGAGCACAGCCUUUGCCAAACCUCUCCUAUGCCAGCCAAUCAUGCUACAGUGGAGGCAAGAUGUGAUGGUGCACUUUGUGGUACCAGUAAAGAAUCAAGCUCGCUGGGUCCACCAGUUUAUUUCUGACAUGGAAAAUCUUCAUCAUCAGACCAAGGAUGACAAUUUCAGCAUAAUCAUUGUUGACUUUGAAAGUGAAGACAUGGAUGUGGAGCAGGCACUUAGAGACAGCAGUGUUCCAAGAUAUGAGUAUCUAAGGAGAGAAGGGAACUUUGAGCGCUCAGCAGGACUACAGAUUGGAGUGGAUACCAUUGAAGAUAGCCACAGCAUUGUGUUCCUGUGUGACCUCCACAUUCAUUUCCCUCUCAACAUAUUGGAGAGCAUCAGGAAGCAUUGUGUUGAAGGACGCCUUGCUUUCGCUCCCAUUGUUAUGAGACUUGGCUGCGGGAGUUCUCCACAGGAACCUGACGGCUAUUGGGAGGUGAACGGCUUUGGUCUGUUUGGUAUCUACAAAUCUGAUUUUGAAAAAAUUGGCGGGAUGAACACAGAAGAAUUCAAAGACCGCUGGGGUGGAGAAGAUUGGGAGCUUCUGGACAGGGUAUUGCAGAAUGGUUUGGAAGUAGAGAGACUCCGCUUGAGAAAUUUCUUUCACUACUACCACUCCAAACGUGGCAUGUGGAAUGCCCAAAACAAGAAGUCUGCAAAGGGAUAACGCCGUGCCUGUAUUGUAAUCUACCCGCAGAUCUACUGUUAGUGUGUGUGAAAGAAAGCUGAGAAAGCCCGCUCACUGAUGGCAAAUGUCUCAGCAUCUGUUUGGAGGGAAGAAUGUCCAAAUGUGAACUUUGGAAGGGAGCUGUUUACACAGAUAAUCCUGAGUAACUUUGAAUAAUCUAUUGGAGCACUUGAGGGAAGAGAAUGCUUUUUUUCCCCUCUCUCUCCUCGUUGCCCAAGACUAGUGCAAUGUUUUCAGAAGAACUAGAAAGCAGCUGCUUUUCUGUAUGUAUGAAAAUGCACAUAUAUGUACAGGAGUAAGUGUGGUUGAAGAUUAAGAAAGCACCUUUUUUUCUAAUAGGGUGACCUUGGAUUUUUUUGUCUAGGAUGUGCGCACAUGAUGAAUACGAAUGUGAGUCAUCGCACCCCAAUCGCGUCCAUCACGGGGACAUUCCUAAUUAAAUCAUCUACUCCCUAGUUAUUCUGUAAGUGGCCAGUAUGGCAGAGGUGCUGAAGUUCUCCUGAUACCUAAUAUUAUGGAACCCAUAUAGAUAGAAUAUAUAUGCUUCCUUUUUACAUGGCCCUGUCUCUCUUAGGUCCUUUUAUUUUUUUUUUUAAAUAUUCAUUUGUAGUGUAUUUUUGCCUCUCACUUCCUCAGUCACCUUUAAGUGUCAUGCUGAUUUAUACAGUAGAAACUUUCUAUAAAGCCCAGCUGUUUUGUAUCACAGUUUUACCAUCAUAUUGCUCUUUGCCAUUUAUGACAGUUCAGCGUCUCAUGAACUACAUUUGCUCUGCUGUUAGUUAUGGUGACUGAGUAUGGAUGCACUAACUGUUGUGUUAUUAUUCCUAAAACACUGGCUUGUGAGCAGUUGACACCUUUUAAUAUACUGAUUCAAGCUUCCAUUCCCUCUAGAUCUCUAACCUCAAAUGAAACAUAAAACUCUAAGGAGGGAAGAAGAGGGCUGAUAUAUAUACAGUCGUUAUGUUAGUACCGAGAGCAAUUUGUGUUGCAAAAUUUUGAUGUAAGGGAUUCAAAAUAUUUAUCUGCACAUGACAAACAAGCGAGAACAUUUGCUUUCUCUCAAUUGUGUGCCUUCAACAGAGUUGAGCUGCAGGCAGUUUUUAUACAUUGGCAUACUGUUGACAUGAGAGGGAGAGGACUGUCAAAAACUAUUUAUAAACUGGCAGUAAAGUCACUGUACUUUCAGUUACACUAUCACCAAAGGACCGACAGUACUCUACAAUGGAUUACAGAUAUCUGUGUGUUCGCCGAAGUCGUCAUUUGAAAGCAAUUAAGAGUGUCGGCUUCAAACUUUCGACGAUUGUAACGUGCUGUUGCAAACUAAGGGACUACUGAGGAGGACCAGAGGGUGUAAUGGAGACUCACUGGCAGCUGCAGACCAGCAGGGCUCCACCAACUCCCAUUAGCUUGCCUGGAGGCCUGGUUCCGAAUGCCUCUUUAUAUGGUGUGGUACUUACAAUGAAUACUUGGACUGGCUGGUGGGCUAUAGGCUGGACUCAUGUGAGUAACUGUUAAUGAUCUCUUAUUGUGCGAUUGUUAAAUGCCCUCUUUCUUUGCGUCUCCUGGAAAAGGUCUAAACUAAAUAAAGUAAUUUAGCAUUCACAAAGGGGAAUUUAAAGAGCAGAAUAAACACAAUAAUACUAGACUAGAUCUAUUGUAAAUUUAGAAAGAUUGAUGGGAUAUAAGUAUACAUUCCAAGGUAAUUUCUGUGAAAUUGUUUUGUAGAGAAAAGGUUUUCAGAAUGUAUUGUACUUAUGUUUGUUUUUGCAAAUAAAAUUGUAUGC